GUGCUUCCCAACAGCCUUGCAGCCAGACACCUCCUCGGCAUGGCUGUGAGGGUAGCGCAGCUUUCAUAGGGCGGCUCGCAGCCCCCAAAGGGCUGAGCGGCCUGGAAUGUCUCAAACCAUGUCUCUUUUGGGUAGACCACGGCCCCUGAGCCUCAUGUUUCUCUUGGGGAUGGGGAUGGCAUCAGAGAGGAUCAACUGCCCAAGCAGGUGUAGCUGUCAGUACCUGGAAGUGAACUGCACCGGGCAGCAGUUCCAGGAGUUCCCUGCAGAUAUCCCUCUGGACACCAGGCAGCUGAUUCUGGCGGCAAACAAUGUCUCGUACCUGCCGGCAGUGGAAUUGAGCUUCCUGGCUGAUUUGGUGUACCUGGACUGCAGCAAGAACCUCUUGGGGGAUGACCUGGAUUUCACUUUCAUUGGUGUGGCCAAGCUUGUUUAUCUGGACCUCAGCUUCAACAGCCUCACCCAGGUCACCUUCAGCACCUUCUCACACCUCCUCAGUCUGGUGGUGCUGAAAAUCUCGGACAAUCCCAACCUUGUGGCCAUCGAGAAGGAUGCUUUUGCCAACAACACCUGGCUGAGGCACCUGGAUGUGAGCCGGACAGGCUUAACAUUCCUGGACACCAGCACCGUCCGGGACCUGCCCAACCUGAGGUUUCUGGGGCUCAGUGACAACCUGUGGCACUGCAACUGUUCCUUUUUGGACUUCAUCACUUGGAUGACAGAGAGCGACAUUCAUUUUCCAGAUGCUGACAACAUCACCUGCUACACCCCAGAAGGCCUGCGAGCCCUGAGGAUGCAGGCAGUGGAGGCACAGCUUCACUUCACCUGCCUGACCCAGCUACACAAGACAGACUACGUCUUUCUGUGCCUCGUUGGCUUCUGCAUAUUCCUUGCUGGCACCAUUACAGCCUGGCUGGCCGGCAUCUGUGCUGUUAUCUACAAAAUCCAUGCUUCAAAGGGAGAGGAAGAGGAGGAGGAGGAGGAAGAAGAAACAGCCACUUAGGACCAGCCCUUCUGAACUCUCAUUGUGGAAACCAAAGGCAGGCCCUUCCUGCCUGAUUUCCCACAUGAUGUCCUGCUCUAAAUGCCUUUUUUUUUUUUUUUUUUGAAGUGAAAUAACACU